AUGACGGCGAAUGAAACCCACAUCUGGCACCAUGCAUAUUUGCAGGACAACACGUCCAAAACCAGCAAAGUUGAACGAAGGCACUUCAAGGGCAGACAUCCCGGUACCCAGCACUUUAACAAUCAAGAAUCAGCAACGAAUCUUUCAACAGUGCUAAAGAGUCGACACGGCGCUUACAAGAGCUCUAAAAAUGACGACUGGACGUGCUACACUCGACAUCAGUGUCCUCGCACACCAGAUGCACCAGCCUCGCUGGACGCCGAGGUGUUCGGCGCUGACCCCGGCCAGCGCACGGACCGAGAGAAGAGGCUCCUCCUCGAACACAAGGUACAGAUCGGCAACCACGUCAAGAACGCAGUGCUCAACCUCAUCUUCGGGAAAAUCAACACUGUGAUCGACCACCAUAGCGCGCUGGUCGGCGUGUUCGAGCGCGCCAACGCCGCCAAGAACCUGGCGCUGCUCGGCCCGGGCACCAAGAGGCCGCCCGCGGGCUUGGGCAUCAAGGGACUCCUCGGCGGCGUCCUCAGCUCGUCGCUGGGCUCCUCGUCGGGCUCGUCGCUGCCCUCGCUGACCGGACUCAGCGGCGGUAGCAGCGGCGGCAGCGGCGGCGGCGGUGGCGGCGACUCGAGCUCCGACUUUGGCGGCAGCGCGUCGCUCGGCAUCGGCGGCUCCGUCGGCGGCGGCACAUCCUCCUCGUCGUCAUCCUCGUCGUCGUCGUCCUCCGGGGGUCCGACUACCGACAACAUCCCCACCUUCGAAGGCAACCGCGUCAGCUUGGAGAUCCCCGAGCAGCUGUUCGGGUCGUCCUUCACCCUGGUCACCAACAUCUCGCAGAUCCUCGGCGAUGUCAUCCUGAACACGGCGCGCCGAGUACAGCGCUUCGUCGAGGCCCUGAAGCCCAAGUUCCGAGGCCUGUUCGGUGUGCCGGCCGACGCGGCCGCCGCGGCCCGGAAAAGAGCCACGGACGACGAGGUGGCGAGAGGCCGGCAGGCGGCGGCCGCGGCCUCGGACCAGGAGGAUCUCGCCGACAACCAGGCCGACCCUCGGGACGUGGCCAGGGCCUCCGCGGCUGGCUCCUCGUCCAGGACGUCGUCGUCGUCGCCCUCGGCCUCCGGGAGGACGGAGGCCUUCAAGUCGCUUACCGGCCUGGAGCCCUUCGACUUCGACUUCGCCGCGCUAGACAAGCUGGUGCAGAGCGGGGACGGCAAGGCGGUCCGGACGGUGGACCCGUCGGCAGCCGCCUCCGACCUGCGGGGCGCCGUGGUGCAGGCCGGCGACAUCCUGAGCACCAAUCUCAAGAGGAUGCCCGUCAGCGUGUAGGGUUGGUCCGCCCUAGUCGAGCCCUCAACCACGCCACGCCACGCCACUGCCGCCAAACCACCGAACGGGGGACGGCUGUCAGCCAUGUCGUCUUCACUGUGGCAAAUGCUAAUCAGAGUUGUGGUGGGGGAGUGGGCCCGGGGGGCGAGCCUGGGCGCUUGCAUAUGCCAGGCCUCCGCCGGGUCCAUCCCCCAAGUGGCGUCGGGUCGUCGAGAUGCCAGCAGCCCUCCGCCAAUAAACUUCGUCCAGCGUGCGGGGAGGAUGUAGUGUGCGAGUGUUUCAUUUAGAACUCAGCGAUGAACGUAUCGCGCCUCGUCUCGUUGAUGUGGCUUUUUUAAGCUUCACAGUAAAACGUCGUUGUGUUUUUGUGCGUGCAUUUUUCGAUGUGAAUGUGUGUGUAUGUUUUUGUUGUGCUAAAAGGCGAUAGUUAUGAAGCUGUUGUAAAAACCAGCACGGGUCGGCGACGAAGGCUUAGCCUCAUAUAAUAAUUUAAAUGUUUGUUUUGUAAGGCGCGUUGGUAUGCGCAAUAUGCGCAUUUCUCUGGUGCUCGAUAGUUUCUUUUUAUUAUUGUGUAAUAUAUUUGUUAUUGAAAGAAGGGGCCAAAACUGUCAAACCUUGCAAGGCGCUUGUACGUUUAUAUGAUAGUUUUGUCGUGAUAUUAAGUUACCAGUCUUGUAAGGUGUGACCCUUAGGAGAGCAAAGAAGUUGAACAAAGUGGAAAGCCAAAUUCAUGUACAUAAUUUGUGUAGGUGUACAGAAAUUCUAAGUGUUUGUUUUUUGUUGUAAAAUCGAUGGAUCCGCAGAGAAUUGGAAAUGUAUUUCCGAUUGCUAUGUAGAUAUUAUAUAUCACUUAAAGAGAGUACCGAGUGCAGCAUAUGCGUGAUAUAUUGCGUUGGGUCAGCCUUGGACCGGGGACCAGGCCUGCGGUCUCUACUCCAGCACCGACGCUGAUCCAAAGUGAUGACACGCCAAGCCGCCACUCGAUAUUCAUCGGCCAUGUCAUCUCCUCUACACUGUUAAAUUUGGCGCACACCAUGGCUGUCAUUACUUCCAUCAAGCCGAGGCGACUCAUGUGUUGUUAAAAUAUUCGUCCCGAGCCCGGCGGUAGGUGCACAAGGUUGCCGUGUACACGCUAUCCGAUGGCCAAGAACUUUUUUUCUCUACCGUCUACUUUAAAAAUCCUAUUCAAUUGUGGACACGAGAAAAUGACACUCAUGCACGCUGUAUGUGUGUGUGUUUAUAUGCUGUGCUGAGCCCUGCCUCGUUUUCUGACCGAGUAAUCAAAGUCAGUUGAUCUUGGCAAGUUAAACUUCCCUUCCGGAGUACGGCAGGCCCAGCAGAGCAGCGUGCACCCCUAGGCCGGGGCGGGUGCAGCCUUAUGUACGGAAUAGCAAAUAAAGCGAGAUGUGAUUACGAGA